CACAGCUCCUUUCUGAUGUUGGGAUUCUAUCUCAGCUGCUGUGUGAUCCUGCUCACCAUCCUGUUCUUGUGUACCAUCUACACCUGUUUAAGGCCCUUCCCCACCCCCUUACAGCAGCUCUCCAGGAAGAUAGUCCAGUCGAGAAUAAACAGCACCGUCGUGGGAGUGUUCACCAUCGUCCUCAUCUUCCUGUCGGCCUUCAUCAACAUGUUUUCCUGUGACAGUGAGGACCUGAGGGAGUGUCUGUCCCGUCAGUACAAUAUUACCCCGAGUAUGGUCAACGCAUGUUUCAUCAGGUCCCUGAAUUAUACCCUGGGCCAGGAACUCAGUCCCUGUGGAGGGAACACACCCUACUGCAGCUACCCAGAGUAUUUCACCUACAGUGUUGUGCUGACAUUACUGGCCUGUGCAGUGUUCCUCCAGAUUAGUAGCUCUGGAAAACUCGCCCUGAUGUUAGUGAUUGAGGUCAUUUACAUUCUCCUCAUUGAGUGGCCACAGGUCAAUCUCUUCGAUAACUUUGACCUCCUGGUCACUGCCAAUACACUAAUGAGCACCAUGAAUGACACAGUCCCUUGUGUGGAGGGGAGCAGCCGAGUCCCGCUCAAAUACAUGACCCCGGUGGUUCUGAUGGUGUUCGUCAUCGCCCUGUACCUCCACGCCCAGCAGGUGGAAUCCACAGCCCGUCUCGACUUCCUCUGGAAGCUCCAGGCCACGGAGGAGAAGGAGGAGAUGGAGGAGCUCCAGGCGUAUAACCGACGCCUGCUCCACAACAUCCUGCCGAAAGACGUGGCGGCUCACUUCCUUGCCUGUGAACGCCGGAACGAUGAGCUGUAUUACCAGUCGUGUGAGUGCGUCGCCGUCAUGUUCGCUUCCAUCAGCAACUUCUCCGAGUUUUACGUGGAGCUGGAGGCAAACAACGAGGGGGUGGAGUGUCUCCGGCUCCUCAACGAGAUCAUCGCUGACUUCGACGAGAUUAUCAGUGAGGAACCGUUCCACCAGUUGGAGAAGAUUAAAACUAUUGGCAGCACCUACAUGGCAGCAUCUGGGCUCAACGAUUCCACCUACGACAGGCUGGGCAAGUCCCACAUCAUGGCCCUGGCAGACUACGCCACGCGGCUGAUGGAGCAGAUGAAGUAUAUUAACGAACACUCCUUCAACAACUUCCAGAUGAAAAUUGGACUGAACAUUGGGCCGGUGGUGGCGGGGGUGAUCGGAGCCCGGAAACCCCAGUACGACAUCUGGGGGAACACCGUCAACGUGGCCAGUCGCAUGGACAGCACCGGGAUCCCGGACAAGAUCCAGGUGACGGGGGACAUGGAGCAGGUCCUCACUGCUAAAGGGUAUCUCCUGGAGUGCCGCGGUCUGGUGAAGGUCAAAGGGAAGGGCGAGAUGAUGACCUACUUCCUGAUGCAGGGCCCGGCCAACAGCUAGGAGCUGCCGACCAGGAGCGUUGCUGGGGUGGGGCGGGGGGCAAGGGGGAGAGCAAGACGGAGCGGGACAGUCCGCGCUGGUGAACGCUUACACACCCUCCCUCCGUCCUCCCCCCUCCCCCUUCCCAUUCGACAGAGGUUCCAGAGAGAAUUAGAACCCCGCUACCUCUGUGCAGAUGGGAUUUCGCCAACGGAGAAUAUAACCCCCUCUCCCCAGGAAUGCGGCCCCCCCCACCGCCUCCCCCCACCCUGAGGUGGGCUGCGAACAGACAGUGGACUCUCCUGAAGAAGAUACCUCGUGGCCCUCAUUCCCCCACCCUGUGGGCCGGACAAACUCGCAGCGGGACACCGGUCCCUGAAGACGGAUUUGUCUCCUUGUUUGUGGUGUCACCCCCCCACCCCACUGCUUUCCAUGUUGGGGGGGAUGAACUGACCAAUGAUGGGUCAGUGGCGAUGACCGGGGCAGGGGUGUGUGUGUGGGAGGGAGGUCCGUGUGUGUUUCGGGGCGUUGGUCAGGGGAGGUGGGAAGAGGUCAACUCCCGCCUCACUCUCCCGGAGGGUGUGAACGGAGGGGCGAGGCUGGUGCUGAGGGUGUACAGUGGAUGGGGGAGGCGCAGUGUUGGAGCUGGGACACACUCACUCUGCCUGGUUAUUCUCUCUCUCUCUGUCUCUCUACAUCCGUCUGUUCCCUAAGUCUCUCAUGUUCUGUCAAGCUGUCUCCCAUCUGCUUUGUUCCCUAUGUGCUCUCUCGUCACUCUCUCUCUCUCUCACACACACACACACACACAACACUCUCUGACAGUCUUUAGCUCUCUCACUCACUCUCACAUUCUCUCAAGCACACUCACUGUCUCUCUCUCACACACACACACUUUCUCAUACACACACAAUCUCUCUCUCACACACACACACACACACACUGUCUCUCACACACUGACUCGCUGUCUCUCUCACACACUCACUCGCCGUCUCUCUCACACUCACUCGCCGUCUCUCUCACACUCACUCGCCGUCUCUCACACACACUCACUCGCUGUCUCUCUCACACUCACUCGCUGUCUCUCUCACACUCACUCGCUGUCUCUCUCACACUCACUCGCUGUCUCUCUCACAUUCACUCGCCGUCUCUCUCACACUCACUCGCCGUCUCUCUCACACUCACUCGCCGUCUCUCUCACACACACUCGCCGUCUCUCUCACACACACACACUCGCUGUCUCUCUCACACUCACUCGCUGUCUCUCUCACACUCACUCGCUGUCUCUCUCACAUUCACUCGCCGUCUCUCUCACACUCACUCGCCGUCUCUCUCACACUCACUCGCCGUCUCUCUCACACACACUCGCCGUCUCUCUCACACACACACACUCGCUGUCUCUCUCACACUCACUCGCUGUCUCUCUCACACUCACUCGCCGUCUCUCUCACACUCACUCGCCGUCUCUCUCACACACACUCGCCGUCUCUCUCACACACACACACUCGCUGUCUCUCUCACACUCACUCGCUGUCUCUCACACACUCACUCACUCCCUGUCCUUGUCCAUUGUACACAAGUCACAUUGGCACACAGGUGUAGCAGGUCAUUAAAAAGUUACUGAUGUUUUGGCCUUUCGUGGUGAUAGUGUGGGGCGGGGAUGGGAAUUUAACAAUAGGAUAGAUCAGUUCCAGCUGCCUGGAGUAUUGGCAGUGCCGCUGGUGUGGGGGGGGAGGGACUGAGUCCGGGUUUCUCAAGGGCUGUGUUUUUGGCAUUGGAAUAGUUUCAAAUCCGAUCCGCUUGCCUGAUCCUGGGAAUGAAAGCAUGUGCUCGUCAGGAACAGCUCAGCAGAUGGUUUCUUGGAGUGCAGAAGAGUGAGACGGGGAGGAAGAGGCGUAGGCUAUUCAGCCCAUCGAGUCCAUCAGUGAGAUCUGAUUGUGCUCACUGUCUUCCCCCCUUCCCCUCCAUCCUAGCCCCCUCCGUUACUGAUUAAAGCCCUCAGACACAGCCCCCUGUAGGAAAGCAUCCCAUAGAUUCACCCCCUCCCCCUGUGAAUCGCGUACGUCUCGAUAAGGAUCAACCCCUUGUCCUUUUAAAUUCCCGAUGAGUUCAGACCCCUGACCUACCCAACUCCCCUCGUCAGACAGUUCCUCUGUCCCCGGGACCAGCUGAGGGGACCCUCUCUGGGCUGACUCUGCUUGGAUACAGAGCCCCUGCUGUUCCUGGUCUCCCAGUGUCCGUGGAGAGAGAAGCAGGGUUAACGUUUCCAGCCCAGUGACUUUGUGUUGAACUUGCUCUGGCCUCCCUCCAGUAUCAGUCUCUCUGGUAUUAGAUAUGGCACCUGAAGCUGUUCCGAAUGUUCUGGCCGAGUGGAACCGAGGUCACGGGGAUCAGCCACAGUCCUGGGCAACCGCGGAACAGCUGCUCUUUCUCCUGCAUGCUUUCACAUUCUCACACUCACACACACACGGUCACCCUCAUACAAUCACACACACACACACAUACAUUCUCACCCUCAUACAAUCACACACACACACUCACACACACGGUCACCCUCAUACAAUCACACACACACAUACAUUCUCUCAAACACUCAUACACACACACUCUCUCACACACAUACAUACACGCACUCAUUCAUACUCACAAUCAUACACACUCUCACUUUCACUCCCUCAGUUAAGAUACACACACUCUCAAAUACAGUCUCAACACACAGCGUCUCUCUCUCUCUCACACACACAGUCUUUCUCAUACACACACCAUGUCUCUCUCUCUCUCUCAUACACACAGUGUCUGUCUCUCUCAUACACACACAGUCUCUCUCUCUCUCAUACACACACACUGUCUCUCUCAUACACACAUACACACACACAGUCUCUCUCUCUCUCAUACACACACACUGUCUCUCUCUCUCUCUCAUACACACACACUGUCUCUCUCAUACACACAUACACACACACACAGUCUCUCUCUCUCUCUCUCAUACACACACACUGUCUCUCUCAUACACACACACAGUCUCUCUCUCUCUCAUACACACACACUGUCUCUCUCAUACACACAUACACACACACAGUCUCUCUCUCUCUCAUACACACACACAGUCUCUCUCUCUCUCAUACACACACACUGUCUCUCUCAUACACACAUACACACACACAGUCUCUCUCUCUCUCUCUCAUACACACACACUGUCUCUCUCAUACACACAUACACACACACAGUCUCUCUCUCUCAUGCACACAUACACACACUGUCUCUCUCAUACACACACACACUCUCUCUCUCUCUCUCAUACACACACUGUCUCUCUCAUACACACAUACACACACACACAGUCUCUCUCUCUCUCUCUCUCAUACACACACACAUUCUCUCUCUCUCUCUCAUACACACACACUGUCUCUCUCAUACACACAUACACACACACAGUCUCUCUCUCUCUCAUACACACACACUGUCUCUCUCAUACACACAUACACACACAGUCUCUCUCUCUCUCAUACACACACACUGUCUCUCUCAUACACACAUACACACACACAGUCUCUCUCUCUCU